AUGCUGGAUAAAAGAAACAUUUCUAUAGGAAAACUCCUUACAUCACCUAAAUCAACUAUAAUUCCACCUUCCUUUGACGAGCUCAGCUUAAUGACCACCACAUUCCAGCCAGCUAAAGCUGAUGUUGGUUUGAUUGAUGUCCCAAAAAUCCUCACUCCCUCCCUUCCUCCGUGAGCGAACAAACCAUCGAAAAAAUCCCUAUUUUUAUGGUAAGUCCACCCUUCGUGAGUGGACAAAAUUUUUUUAAAAAACAAAAUUUAUAUAAUUAUUAUAAAGAAAAAUCUGAGCUAGUUCUGUUUAAUUAUAAACAGCUUGCAUUUUCCAACAAAAUAAAUUAAUAUUUGCUUAAAAUUAUUUCGAAUUGGGAUUUUUUUAAAUUUCGGGCUAUAAAAUUUAUAUUUAAUAUUUUUUAAUUAAAAAAACUAACCCCUCCAUGAGCUAACAAAUUUUUUUAUUCGCUCACGGAGGGAGAAGGGGGAGUCAGGGAGAAAAAGGUCAUUUUAUCUCCUCCCCGAACUGAAUUCAAAGUGCCAAUAUAUCCAUUGAAAAGAAUUAAAAAAGGCCUUUCUGGCUAUGAUUGAAGCAGCUUAAAUCCAAAUUUUGAGUCUGAAGAAAAUAAAAUAUCAGUUACGCGUUUAGGAAACUCCCCAAGAAAAGACACCUUUGCUUCUAUGUUUCCUUGCAGAAACCCAAAACAUAAAGCUUUAGUACGUAACUUUUCAGAAGACGCUUUCCAUUUUGAGACGAUAAAUAAAGAAUUCAAUAUAAAAUCUGACGACAUUGUAAAAUAUAGAGAAGCAAUGAUCAGGGCAUCAAAACUAUUAGAAAAAUAA